AUUAGCUUUCUUUCUGCGCGAGACAGUACCACGCCUAAACUACAAUAGAAGUGUUGCAACAUCUCACAUCCCACCAAGACAUCCAACACCAGCAAUGUCUUCGCGCACCUGCUCUACUCUGCCUAGCUACUUGCUACAUCUCCUUCCUAUACUCUCUCUAUCUCUCUUUCACACCAUCUACCGCUAUACCAAGCAUCUAAACCUAUCAACACUGUCAAGGAGGAGAUCCAAAUGCCAAAGUCAAACAAACAGACUAAUAAAUGCCGCGGCCGUACUCCGUACCCAAAAACUCGCAUCUUCGAUCCUCCUCCCGGCUUCACACCUUCUUGUCCCAAUCCAGCAUGGGCGGCUCAUCCACUUACAGUCUACGAACAAUCUCAAUCUCUAAGCGAUUUCCUCAGAGAUUUGAGAAAUGGCGUUACUGGACCGCCUGAUGAUCCCACUGUUGAUCCCGAACAAUCAGCGCCAGCAGAGGUGAGAGGUGGUGACGCGGGUGGAGGAGCAGGAGAAUAUCCUGGCCCUGAUAUAGGAGGCCGCAUCAUGGAAUCUGGCCCUCCCGAAUCUCCAGGAGAGGACUUGGAUUUCACAUGGAUCGUCGAGUAUCCGGGAGGAGGUUCAGAAACUCUGAGAUUAGAUGGUGGUAUCGACAAAGAGGUUGUUGAUGAACCGAACAAGGAAUCACAAAACAACCCAGAGAACAAAGGUCAAGACUCCAAUCAAGCUUCGCCUGUGAUUCCCGUCGACUUGCCUGAGUUUCCAAUCUUCGAACCUGCACCACACGAACCAAUAUCACCUCCAGAAACACCAGAACAACAAAAGCCUCCACCACCAAAUCUGGAUCCGAUAAUAUUCUCCACCGCCUACGAACGGGAUCUUGCUCAACAACUCAAAGAGUACAAUGAAAAUACACCCUGGCCUGUCACUCUCGGCGAGAAACUCUCUCCAGCGCCGGCAUGGCAUGCAGAAUGUCCGGAGGGCUAUGAACCCAUACCAUGUGCCGGAUAUCCUCUCGAGAGAAGACAGCGUCAGCUCUGGCUUCCGGCGGGACAUGAUCAGAGUAUUGAGAGAGACAAGGCUGGCCAUUACUGUCUUGACUUGCCAGAGUGGGACAGAUGUGUGAUGGGUAAAUGCAGUGGUUGUGAGAUUUGUCGUCCGGGCUAUCGGGGUUGAUCUCGGGAAUGGGCAGACAUUCCCUUGUGACCAAAAUGCUCAUGGUUGCUCAGCUGUUACAGUCGUCACACAAAGUAGGAAUCGCGUUACGGAGAGACAUCAGCGGAGAGGCUAGCUUUCCCAGAUUCAUCAUGUCUUGAUCUGGAGAUAGAUGUGACAGAGGUUAGCACACACACAGACGAAAGAGUGCCCCCGGAUAAUGGCAGCCUGUUGCAAUAGCUUGCAAGUCUAUAAAUCAAGUUCGAUU